AUGCCUGUCCCGGUCCAAAUAGCUUACAAGCCCAUUGGCAAGCCAGAGGUUGGAGUCAACAACUACCAAGGCUUCAACCCUGGAAAGAGUGAGACAUUGUCGAAGGGCUGGAAUGGAUACGGUGCAAAGCCUCUCCAAAGCGACAUUCAAAUCGAUCAUGAUGUUGAAAUCGUCGUUCGAGAUGGUUGCCGCUUGUAUGUCGACAUCUACAGGCCUGCAGGUUUGUCGGAGGAAAAGAUCMCGGCCAUUAUUGGAUGGUCAUGCUAUGGCAAAAAGUACAGCGCUCUCAGCAUGCUGCCAAUGACUGUAUGGAACUGUUGUGUGGAGAAGAAGGAUCUCUCGGGGCUGGAGAAGUUUGAGGGAUUGGACCCACAGAGGUGGUGCCCCAGAGGAUACGCAAUCAUCUCGGUGGACUCUCGUGGAACAGGCAGCAGUGAUGGACAGAUUCCUAUCAUGGGAUCUCAGGACGCAGAGGAUGCUUAUGAUGUCGUCGAGGCCCUGGCAAAGAUGGACUGGUGUAGCGGUAAGGUGGGCAUGGCAGGAAAUUCUGCCCUUGCCAUCAUCCAAUGGCACACCGCAUCUCUCCAACCUCCUUCCUUGGCAGCAAUCGCUCCGUGGGAGGGCUCCGGAGAUCUCUUCCGAGAGCAAUUCUGUCGUGGAGGGGUAUUCUCGAUGAGCAAUUUCGAUCUCAUCACCCGUGAGAUCAUCAAAGGCAACUCAGGAGUGGAAGACUUUGCGGAAAUGUACAGAAGGAGCCCUCUCGCCAACCAAUACUGGAAUGAUAAGCGACCCGACAUGACCAAGAUCAAAUGUCCCGUCUUCAUCUCCGGGUCAGAUUUCAGCUCUAUCCAUACCAUGGGUGCCGUCCGGGGUUUCCUUGAAGUGCAAGGAAAGAAAUGGAUUCGAUGGAGCAGCCAUCAGGAGUGGUACGAGCUCUACUGCGAUGAUCACGCCGAUCAAGAACUUCAUCAGUACUUUGAUCUGUUCCUCAGGGACGUCCAAAACGACUUUGAGGAGAAAACUCCCAAGGUCCGGUGGUCUGCCUUGCAAUUCGGUGACCGCGAAGCAAUCGACAACAUCGAAUACGCCGACUUUCCCAUCCCCAACACCGAAUAUCGAGAGUACUUUUUGCACGACAACACGCUUAAUGGCUCCAAGUCUUCGGCCACUUCAACAGUGACAUACAACUCCGACGAUGGGAAAGAUGUCGCCGACUUCACUCUCGUCUUCCAGGAACGUACCCGUCUCAUCGGCCUUCCCAAAGCUAUCCUCUACAUGUCCUGUAAUGAUCACGACGAUAUGAACGUCUUCGUUCAUCUACGCAAGCGGGACAAGGACGGCAACCCCUUGAUGCACCUCACCUUUCCCUUCCAUGCUACUCCCGUGAGUUCGAUUGCCGAUAUCCCCGAGAAACAACGCCAAAGCACGAACCUCCAUACCGGAUCCACCGGGGUCCUACGCGCAUCUCAUCGGGCUUUUGAUCCCGAAAGAAGCAUUCAUCCACAAUUUCCCUUCCACCCUCAUGACAAGGAAGAAAAGAUUACACCUGGGGAGAUUGUACGCCUGGAGAUUGGUAUCUGGUGUAUGGGUGUAGACUUUGAAGCUGGCGAGGCCAUAUCCGUGCAGGUUUCUGGUCAAUUCCCCAACAUUGCAGAGUACAAGGCUUGGUCUGAAGCUCGUCCAGCCCAUGAGUUGAACAAGGGUCGGCACAUUCUGCACACGGGUCCAGAUCACCCUAGCAGCAUAAUCCUACCAGUCGUGCCAGUCUAG